GUUUAUUUAUAUUUUAUUUCUACUGGGGGGAAAAGACAACCAGAUUGUUUGUACUAGUACCUCGUGUUGUUGCUUCUGUGUUGGUGUAGCCCAAAAUGCACUAGUCGAGUAGUCCGUGAUGGAAGUUCCGAUAUUUACUUUGUGAAAUUGUUCUGGAAAAUGGGCAGAAUUUUGACAUGAACAAUGCUGGAUAUUUUCUGAGCAAGAUCAUCAAGAAAGCCGUACAGCUUUAUCAUGGUGACUAUGGGGCAGCCAUGAGUAACAGAUUAAGUGUGAAGUAUUUGAAUCCUAGAACCAACAUGCUGUUGGUUCAGACCAUGAGGAGCUGUCAUCUCAUGGUGAUGUCAGCCAUGUCUUUCAUCAAGACCAUUGGUCAACAUAAUGGCUUCUUUCGAACGUUGCAUGUUGGAGGAACAAUCCGAUCCUGUCAGAAAUUUCUCAUCAAGUAUCACAGAAAGGAAAUUCAGCAGGCACUAAGACAGUGCAGAUCUGAUGAAGAAACGAAGAUAGUACAAGAUACCUUAAUAGCAGCUUGUGCAAAAAUGGAGAAGAUAGAAACGGAGGACUUCAGUAUAGAUGACAUUAUGGGAGAGAAUGGUUGAAUACCUGUCGUCAUUUAAAUAAAUAGGACUUCAUUGUACCUGUUGAUGGCCCAGUUGUGUUACUAUAGCAGAUGCAUGAACACACAGAAUGAUAUAGACACAUGUACUCAUUUAUGUGAGGCUGUUACCUAUUAAACUUUUGUCACAUUUAAAUUUUAAAUUUAAACUGUCAUUCCCAUUUAACUUUUGCUGAGUCCGUAAAAUGUGCUUCAAAUUCAUUCAUCUUUCACCAGUAGUCUGAACAUUUAUUUUCUUUUGAUUUACACAGUUGAUGUUUUUAAAAAUUCCAUAAUCUACAUAUACAUAUAAUCCUACUCUGCUCGAUACAGAAUCAAAGUUUGAAUGGACAUGUUUGAUGAGUGACAUAGGUGUAUUUUGUCUACACUCCAUUACCUGUGAUUUAUUUGGAGAAAGUGGGGGGGAGGAGGGGGUGCAGUGCAGAAUAAGAAAGGCUGGAUUGUCGUAAAAAUAAAUAACACAUUUUA